CUGCCUUCCCCACUGCUCCUUUAGUUUCCAUCAAAGAAGAGCUCCAAGGUGAUGCUACCUCAGAUAAACCCUUCACAACGCCGGUCAAAAUUGAAUCUACCAUUUCUUACAUCCUCACAAAGAUCUCCGAUAUCAGAAAGAAGAUGUGCAACUAUGACGCCGACUGCCUGGAUUGUAAGCAAGUACUGUCAGAUGUCAACCUGACCCUUCCACAGCUGACAGAAAGAGACGGAUGCUUCCCGUCGGCGCCAAAUCAGGAGAUUUGCCUGAUGAGAAUCACUGCUGGCCUUUUGGAGUUUGAGAUCUACCUAAAGCACCUUCAGAACAAGUUCAAGAGUGAUGAGGAAAACAACAACAUGGACAUUGUGCUGCAGAAUAGUCAAACCCUGGUCAAGAACCUGAGGCCAAAGGUCAACACUACUGAAGAAGCACCCACUCUUGAGCCAGCCACUUUGACCAGCCUAAAGGAGAAUAUGCAGCUGAAAGAGCAAUGGCGAAGGACGCAGACAAUCCACUACAUCCUGUGUGGCCUCAAGGACUUCCUGGAGUUCACCCUGCGUGCGGUGCGCCUGAUGUAGUGCGGGCAUCCCUGCGCACUGCAGUUCAUGGGCACUGCUGCCCAUGGUUAGAAUACGUCAUCCUGUCCACUGGAUGCAUAACUUAUAUUGUUUACGGAACUAAACAUAUGUGUGCUAGGACACUAUUUUAAUUAUAUUUUUAACUUAUUAGUAUUUAAAUAUGGGGAGUUGGGUUAAUUUAUAUGUGAUUGAUAUUUAUAACUUAUGAAAUGAAUUUGAAUUAUUUUAUGUAUUAGUUAUGGAGAAAUAAUGCAGAAUGGCUGGGCAAUUUGAAUAUCCUCUGUUUCAGAGCCAAAUCAUUUCUUGGAAUGUGUAGGCUUACCUCAAAUGAAUUGCUAACUUACACACUU